UUUCUCGAGGCUACAGCCAGAAACUCCACUGUCAUCGCUACCAGUGAAUUUAACGGUAUGAACUUUAGCGACAAAAGUAUGAACAAGCAUUUUCGAGAUCAGUAUCUCAAUGGACUUGGUCUUCGUACCAGAAACAUUGGUCAAAAGCAGCACUUUGUCGAAAUCAACUUUCGAAUCACUAAAGAACGCGAGGAGACCCUGAACAAGAAGUUCAUCCUACAUGACCGACGUAUUCAAAUGGACCGCACUUUCACUAUGGUUAGAGCGGGCAUUUUCAACAUUUCUUUCGAGGAUAAGGAGUUUUUGAGGCCUCAAUUGAUUGAAAUCUUCCAAGGCUACAGCGUGGUUCUGGAAAUUGGUCUCCGCCAUACUACAGAUAGUAAUUUGUUUAUAGGAAAAGAAUUUGUUACUUUGAAUCAGAAGAAAAAUGUCAGUUACAAGACAUUGUCACCUCAGAUCCCCGGUUGGGAUGAUGACUGUAAACUUCAUUUAGUAUAUUCCAACAUGAAGCCCAUUUGCAACUAUUGCCAUGUUGAUGAUCAUAACAGAGCCAGCUGCUCAGUUCUGAACAGCUGUAUGAAAAGUUGCUAUCAAUGCGGUAGCACGGAGCAUUUGAGAGCCGAAUGCACCCUUGCACCUUGGAAUUGCAAGAGAAAGGUUGCAAAAGCUAGCCUAGUGGUGAGCCAUCAGGCCAAACCAAUGACUGUUUCCUUCCAAGAUUUUAUGGGUGAUAUCGAAGGAAGCGCAAAGUCUUUGAAGGAAACCGAACCAACUGUAAUCCCAGAUCAUUCUGAAGUAGAUGGGCAAGCUCUGGGGUAG